UGUCAAGGGCUGAAUCCAGGACCAACUCAAGCUUGGGGUGGAUCAGCCCAAUCCAAAGUUGAAUAAAAUGAUAAAAUCAAUCCCUGCUCGCCUUCUCGGCCUAAAGCCCAAUCCAAAAUUGAAAGAAAGCAAUCCUCUGGUUCAGUGACUCAGCAAGGUGUUUUGAUGCUAAAAGGCUCCAGGAAUUAGCUAAACCCAGUUGUCAUCGUUGUGAAGUUUGGAGUAGGAAAAGAUGGAUUACGUUUAUGCUCCAGGAAGGAACCAUCUUUUUGUUCCGGGGCCGGUCAAUAUCCCGGAGCCUGUCAUUCGGGCAAUGAACAGGAACAAUGAGGACUAUCGCUCCCCUGCUGUGCCAGCUUUGACAAAGACCCUUCUUGAGGAUGUUAAGAAAAUUUUCAAAACCACCACUGGAACUCCAUUUCUGAUCCCCACAACAGGUACUGGUGCAUGGGAAAGUGCACUCACAAAUACAUUAUCUCCUGGUGAUCGGAUUGUAUCUUUUCUCAUUGGACAAUUCAGCCUUCUCUGGAUUGACCAACAGCAACGCCUCAACUUCAAUGUUGAUGUCAUAGAAAGUGAAUGGGGCCAGGGUGCCAAUCUUGAUAUUUUGGCAUCAAAAUUAGCAGCAGACACUGCACAUACCAUUAAGGCUAUUUGUAUUGUCCACAAUGAGACAGCAACAGGAGUUACCAACAAUUUGGCUACUGUGAGGAAAAUACUUGAUCACUACAGACACCCUGCAUUGUUUCUUGUUGAUGGAGUGUCAUCAAUCUGUGCUCUUGAUUUCCGUAUGGAUGAGUGGGGAGUAGAUGUAGCUUUAACAGGCUCUCAGAAAGCUCUUUCUCUUCCCACUGGGAUGGGCAUUGUGUGUGCAAGCCCCAAAGCACUAGAGGCAUCCAAGUCUGCCAAAUCAGUAAGGGUAUUCUUUGAUUGGAAUGACUACUUGAAGUUCUACAAGUUGGGAACCUUUUGGCCAUACACCCCGUCCAUCCAGCUUUUGUAUGGGCUCAGAGCAGCUCUGGAUCUCAUAUUUGAGGAAGGACUAGAAAAUGUGAUUGAAAGGCACAGUCGUUUGGGCAAAGCAACAAGGCUUGCUGUUGAGGCAUGGGGCUUGAAGAACUGCACGCAAAAGGAGGAAUGGUUUAGCGACACUGUCACAGCUGUGGUUGUUCCUCCGUACAUUGACAGUUCAGAAAUUGUUAGAAGGGCUUGGAAGAGAUACAAUUUGAGCUUAGGUUUGGGCCUCAAUAAAGUAGCUGGAAAGGUCUUCAGAAUAGGGCAUCUUGGUAAUCUUAAUGAGCUGCAAUUGCUUGGCUGUCUGGCUGGUGUGGAGAUGAUACUGAAGGACGUAGGAUACCCAGUUAAGCUGGGAAGUGGAGUAGCAGCAGCUUGUGCAUAUCUGCAAAACAACAUUCCAUUGAUUCCUUCUAGGAUUUGAUAUCCGUCCAUGAUGUAACUACUCUUUUCUAUCAUUUAGUUCAUGUACUUUGUAUAAAAAGGAUAAUUUUCUCAGUGGACUCAUUUGAGAAAAAUCUUAGAAUCACCAACUAAUACAUAUAGUUCAUUCGUAAUCCUUUAUCUAGAAGAAAACUUGGAUCUGAUCUA